CUAUUUUUGCUUAGUUUUGCUAUGAACACACGUUGCGCUUGAUACAUGAAGAACUUGGGAAAUUGGCUAAACUUUUCUCCGUGUUUGUGAGUGUGGGGCGCGACGUUUUCUGAGUGCAUGAAUGGAGAGUGAGUGAAAGAAAAUAUAUUUCCGCUUUUCCCGGAUAAUUUUUUGAAAUUAUAGUCAACAUGAAGAUAAUUCUUCUUAUACUUCUGAGCACGUGUUUGAGUAUAGCCAACUCCAAAUACCCUCAAAUUAAACGAAGAGGUCCAGGACCGCAGCAAAUGGGCCCUCCAAGACCACCUCCUCCUCAAUUUAUAAAGAGAAAUAAACCUCCACCGAAAAUGCCACCCCAAUUUAACCAACACAACAGGUACCCACCAGUAAGACAAAAUAGACCAAAAAUACCACCAGGAAACUUUAAUAAUGGUUAUAAACCACCAAUGAAUAAUCAUAAUGUUGGUCCAGCACAGCAUCUCCAACAUAAUAAUUUCGGUGUACCAAAAUUCCAACAGAACAAGCAGCAAAGGAUACCACCUGGUAAAGGGUUCUUUAAAAAUCCUGUACAAUUUAAAGCACCCAGUGCUUCUCCGAAUUUACUACAAUUCCCGCAAGAAACUAAAAUAAUACCAAGUAUUUUACCUAAACCUGAAAAGCCCAAUUUCAUAUCUUCACCGAGUAUCCCCGAGUACGACUACCAUCUUCAAACCAAUAAUAUACCUGUCAAUGCUCAUCCUAUCAAGCAAAUUGGAGAAAUAGGUCCUAUUCAUACAAUACCAGCACCAAAUUUAGGACCUGCCGAUAAGUCCAAUCAUUUGAAACGUAAAAUAGAACAGCAACGAUACCAGGAAAUACAACAACAACAACAACAACAACAACAGCAGCAGCAACAACAAAAACACCAAUUCAUUGCAGAACCUCCAGUGGUGCAUCAAUACCAAGUCACCGAACCAAACGAACAAGUACCAUUACAUUUUAUUCGAGACGAAUUGAAUCAUGCCACACAUCAAUUGGACCAGAAUCCUAGCGCGUCGUAUCAACAUAUUUCACCUCACCAACUCAAUAUUCAAAAUCUAGAACAACAAAACAAUGUUCCUCUAUUCCAGAAUCUACAGUCUACACUAUUCCCUCAGGAUAAUUUGGGAUUGACCAUUCAAAACAACGGAGAUCAUGGCAUUAACAUUGCUUUCGCUCAAAAUCAGGAUAAUAAUAACGAGAAUCUCGAGGACAUGAUGUUUUCCAACUCAAAACACUAUCAGGCUAUGAAUGCAGCUUAUAAUGCACCAAAGACACAAACCCAAGCCAUUCAAUCUAGUUUUAUCCAACAGCAACCGCAGUUAUUGGCACAACAGUUCUUGCAAGCGGAACCUGGUUAUGUUCAGCAUUACCAACCGGAACAGGCAUCCAGCGAGAAAGUAAUUCAUAUUCAACCUGAAUACCAUUCGUUCAACUAUGACGAACAGGCACAUCAAGCUCAAACCAAAACUGGUGAGAAUACUAAUUACGUGUCGGCUACGUACAGUUUAGGAGACCUGGUUCAACACAACGGAGAUGGGUCUCAAACAGUAGUCGAUCCUUUGAAGCAAGCUGAAAUCGUGCAGAACUACUUUGGAACAAGACAAGAAAACUUUGAAGAACAACAAAUUAAGCGCAAAGAUACUGAUAAUGGUUCAUUAAAGUCGUUUUACAGUACUCUACCUAAUCAGGAAAUUGCUGAACGACUAGCUAAACUUCAAGCAGCCGGUAGAGUUAACAGUAACUUAAUGCAAAUUGGCAGUGCCGAAACGGAAAAUGACUCUUCAGAAAGUUAUGAUGAAGAUGAAGAAAAUACCAAUCAAAAAACCGAUAGAGUUGGUCAGAGUGAAAACGACCAAACGGAAUAUGAAGAUUACUCAGACGAAGAACCUGCACAUGUAGAGGAGACCGAUAGAGACUUUGGGCAUAAAGUGAACUCUAGAAAAUAACACCAUCACCAUUUUAACAUCUCCAUAAAAUAUUUUUAAAUGAAUCUCGUAUUAAUUCUUCAUUUCAAAAUUAAGUUUAGGUACACUUCAUUUUUAUUUAUUUAUUGUAUUUAUUUAUUUAUUUAAGAAACUUUAUUCACUUGUAAGACUUC